AAACCAAAGAAAAGUUAGAAGAUACAAUGAAAAUAGAAGAGAAAGAAGAAAAAGAAGAGAAAGUACAGGAAGAAAGUAAAAUAUUAAAAGACAAAGAAGACUUACAGAAACAAGAGAGAAUAAAAAAAAAGGAUAAAUUGGCAAGUGAUAACAAAUUAGAGAAGAUAGAAAAAUUAGAGGAAUCAGAGAAAUUAAAAAUCAAAGAAAAUUUAGAAAACAUAGUGAAAGUAAACGACAAACUGGAAGAAUUAGAGAAAGUAAAAGACAAACUAGAGGAAUUACAAAAAGAACAUGAGAAAUUAGAAAAACAAGAAGAAAAAUUAGAAGGAGAGGAAAAAUUGAAAGUAGAAGAAAAAUUAGAAAAGAAAGAAAAAUUUAAAAAACCAGAAAAAUUGAAAAUCAUGGAGAACUUAGAGGAUACUAUGAAAGUACAAAAUAAUAAAUUACUGCAAGAUAAAAUAGAAUUAGAAAAAGAAGAAUUACAGAAUCAAGAAAAAAUAAAAAUAGACAAGCAAUUGAUAGAUAAAAACAAAUCAAAAGAAAAAGAAAAACUGGAAGAGGCAGUUAAACUAGAAAUCGAAGAUAAAUUGGAAGAUAAGAUAAAAUUCGAAAAUGAAGAUAUAUUGGGAAGAAAAAAAUUAUCUGAAGAACAGAAACAAUCUGAAAACAAAAUUAUUAUUGAUGGUAUGAAUCAGAAUAUAAUGCCAAAUGACGAUAAGAUAGAAUCUGGAGAUCCAAAAAAAGAAAUAAAAUCUGCUAAGAGUGGGAAGACAAAGGAACAAACUAAAUCAAAGUCAAAGAGCAAAAAGCAGAACAAAUCUGAAACUCGAAGCCAAAAAGAAGAAGAUAAAAAACAAAUGAAAGACGAAGUAAAAAAUAAAAAAGAACAGAUACAUGAAAAAAUAGCAAAUAAAAUAAAUUUUACAUUAAAUGACCUUAAACUUGAGAAUAUUGUGUCAUCCGAGAUUUUAACAGAGACAAACAAAUCAGAUGAUUCGAAAAAAGAAGUUCUAAAACAGGAUAAUCAAUUACAAUUAAGUGAAAAAUCAUGGACUUCUAUAAUUAGCACGAAAGAUACUGCAGACUCAAAUAAACCAGUCGAGCAAAUAGAAACGAUUAUAAUUGUCGAUACUGCACCACAAGAUGCAAUUUCUGAUGUAAAACCAAUUCCAGUAAUCACAAAAAAAACAUCUUCAAAGAUUUCUCAAAAACAGGAGUUGGAACAAUCGAUUAAAGAAAUGACAGCAAAGAAACAGAAGAAAAAGAUUGAAGAAAAGGAAGCAAUGUCUACAAGUGUGACUGAAAAUGUACAAACUUUUUCACAAUCACCUUCACACGUUUUGAUGCAACAAGAGUUGGAACAAUCGACUGAAGAAGUAACAUCAAAAAAACAAAAGAAAACAAUUGAAGAAAAGAAAGCAGUAUCUGUAACUAAAGAUAAACAAGCUUCUUCAGAAUCAUCUUCACAAGUUCUGCAAAAAAUUGUUAACGAAGAUAACAGUAAGUCCUAUUUAGCGACAUUCUCUCAUGGAUCUUUGCCACAAUUAAGCCAAAAACAAAUAAUUCAUGAAAAAUCAUUACCACUUAAAACAGAAGUUCACUCCGACGAAUCACCUGCUGAUGAUAUUAUAAAUAUAAACGUCGAUAUAAUAUCAGAAAAAGGGAUUAAGAAUAAUAAUGUUAAAAUCGGAGAAAGUAUACCAUUUAAUGAAACAGAUUAUUCUGAUGUCCAAGUUACGAGUAAUAAUUCCAAAGGUGAAGUAACUUCAUGGGCAGAAGAAAUAGAAAAAAAAAUAUUUACACCGACUGUUGUGCAAUCUUUAGAGAAUGUAGAAUCACUUUCUUCUACUCUAGAAGAUAUAGAAGUUUUCACAACUGAUCUAUUAGACACCGAAACUAUUUCAACAACAAAAGCAGACUCGUGGGCUGCUAUUGUGGCUCGAAAAACAAAUGACACAGUAGAUUUACCUCCAUUCGUUGAACAGAAUACAAUUAAAAAUGAAAAACAUCUUACAAAGGAAGAAUAUCUCCCUCAAGUACAGAUUUUCGUAGAUGAGAGCCCUCAAUCAGCACCUAUAGAAAAUCUUGUUCAUGUCGAUGAUCAAGGUUUCGUCGAAUUUAUAAAUCGAAAAGAGUUACGAACCAGAAGAUCUAGAUCGCGAUCGAGAACCAAUAAAUCAGAUGAUUUCGUUGCAGUAACGGUAAAUACGAGCCAAAAUAAAACUGAUGCUACUUUGGAUUCUAUUGAACAAAAAAUAUCGACAGAUGUGAAAUCUAAGACGGAAACUAGUCAGGACAAAGAAACAAAAAAUGAAGUUCAGAAACAGAAAGGAAAGAGUAAAUCGAAGUUGAAAGGUAAUGAUAAGGAAACUAUUGAAAAAGAAGUACAAGAAAAAGAUGAAACGGUUGUUGUGAAAGAAAACUCUAAGGGAACAAUAACUAAAGAUAAAACUUCAGAUAUAGUUGUUGAUAGAAAGAAACAAGAACAUGAAAAGGACACUAAAUUUGAAUCUCGAAAACAAAAGGUAAAAGGCAAUGCUAAAUCGAAAAAUCACGAUGUAGAAACUAAAGAGAAUAAUACAAAAUUAGAAAUCUCUUCUAAAAAUGAAGAGAUUUCUAAAGAAGUUAGUACUGCAAAAAUAAAAGAGACAAAUAAUGAACCAGUAUUAGAUAUUCAAACAGAAUUGAAAGAAACAAAUAAAGAAGAAAUAACAACUGAAAAUUAUAAUAAUAAUUCCAUAGAAAAUUGUGUCUCCAAAACAAAUAAGGAACAUGAAAUUAAUUUAGAAAAGACCAUAAUUUCAGAUCAAGAAAGUAUAGAGCCGGUAGAUAAAAGCAGAAAGCAAAAAACAGCUGACGAGCAAAGUAAUAAUUCUAUGGAAAUUGGUACCUCCGAAACAAAUAAGGAAAUUAGUUCAGAGAAGACUAUAAUUUCAGAUCAAGAAAACAAAGAGCCGGUGGAGAAAGAAAAAAGUAAAAGCAAAAAACAAAAAUCUAAGAAGAAUAAAUCAGGGAAAAACGAGUGGAAAGAAUCAGUAGAACGAAAUGAAAGUAAGAAAUUUAAAGUAGAUAAAGAAUUGACAGCAAAUAUUCAAAUUACUGAGAAAGAAAAGACAACCACAAACGAAAACAAUCAAAUAACAGAGAAAAUAGAUACGAUCAAGAAUCAGAGUAGUGAAAAGAUAAAAGAUUCUCAAGAUUCAAGGACACCGAAGAAAGAAAGAGAUGAACCUAUUGGUAAAUUGAAAAAUAGGUCGAAAAAUAAAAAACCGAUCCAGGAUAAAUCAAAAGUGAAUGUUAAUAAAGAUAUCGAAAAGUCAUGUAAAGAAAAUGGAGUAACUAAUCAGAUAGAUUCUAAAACUGUAUUGAUAGAAACUGAGACAGCAGAUAUAAAUACGAAAUUUAUCGAGGAAGAAAAAUUAGAAAUACGUACUGAUACAAAUGGAGAAGAAUUGCACAAAGAAAAUGAAAAUAAUCAGAUUGAUUCAAAAUUGACACUUAUAGAAGUUAAUCAGAUAGAAAUAUCUUAUGAUAAAAAACAAAUGAAGGAAAUACCUGAACAUAGUCAAACCGAAUCAACUAUUGAGUCAAAAAUAAAUGAGAAAUUUAUUUUAGAAGAAAAAUUAAAGGUACCUGUUGAUAAAAAUGAUGAAGAUUUGCAACUGUUACAAGAAAAUAAAGAAUUUAUACAGUCUGCUAUAAAUCCAGAAAUAAAAGAAUCAGUAAUAGAUCGAAAGAUCCAACAAAAAUCGAAAAAGGAAGAUAAGAAAAAGAAAAAGCAAAGUGCUAAACAUUUACCUCAAGAUAAUUUGAGUAAUAAAGAAACAGAGGAAAAAGAGAUUAAAAAACAAAAUGCAAUUACUAAAGAAAAGGAAAUUAAAUCGGCAACAUUAGAACUUAUUGUACAUGAAAUAAAAACGUCGGUUGCAGACAUUAAACUUGAACCACAGGAAAUCCUUUCAGGCAACGUUCAUGACAACACAUGUGAAAAAUGUGUUGAGAACAAAACUGAACAGGAAGAAAUUAGCUUAACUCCUAAAACGAUAGCAUUAGAUUCUGCACUUUCUUCUAAUGUGGUAGAAAUUAGUGCAGAUAAAUUAAACAUAUCGGAUCAUGAAAAAGCCUUUACAGAUAUCGUCUCUUCGCAAGAUAAUAUAAUUUCAAAAUCAAGUGAGAAUACUAAUGAGAAUACAAUCGAUUCAAAAGAACGCAUUGAGCAAAUUGAGAAUGAAGAUAAAAAUACAUUAAAAGAAAUCGAGGAACAUCUUUCUUCGGAAAUAAAAUCAUGUCCUACGAUAAUCGAGAAUCUCGAGCACUUACAUGAAAAUAAAGAAAGCAUUGAAUCUGAUCCGUCCUUUGUAGCUACAGAGAAUCGUCCGAAGGUACGAUUCUAUAUUGCUGACGACGUCCUUAUUCUUACCCAUGAUAAAGAAAAGGAACUGAAAUCAGCAAUGAUUCAGGAGAGAACAUUGAAUACAGUACGAUCGAAAUUCCUUUCUCUUGACAGUGGUUUUUGGCCGACAAAACAUCCUUAUCAUGAAGCCGAAAAAGAUUUGUUUGAGAGUUUAGCUCAUCAUAUUGAGAACGAUUCGAUUGAGAACAAUAAAAAGGAUUCCAGUGAUCGUGAUCCACCGGAUCACAGUUAUGACGACGAUAAUAAUGGGGGUGGAUCUAGAGGUGGUUCAGGGCACUGUUUCGAUAAUUCGCGAACUCUACUGGGUUCACCUCGUACGGAAUGCCUCGUGACGGACCUGCCUGGUGGCAUUUGUAGUUGGCGCGAUUAUAGUACUUACUUAUCGAGCGAGAACGAGGAGAAACCGGAUAACACCUUGCAGCUUACACAUAAAAUGACUGAGAACUUGAUAACCAAGCCAAGCUUGCCUUCGAAGUCAUCAUCCUCUUCGACUAAUCUUCAAUUAACUUCGAAAAUCCAAAUGAAUUCUAACUAUCCUACCUGGAUCGAUGUUUCAAAUAAUAACAAUCCACUUCCUUCUGACCAUUCCAAUGCCACUGUAUCAACUAAUAUUCUUAUAGAAAACGAAGAAACCAUGUCCAUUCCUUUGAACGAAGAACAAUUCGUUCAAUUUAAUUUUGAAUCUUCCUCAAUAUCAACCUCCAUCCCAAAUCAUCCAGAACCAUCACAAGAUAUAGGUAGAGCAACGCUGGAAUCUCUGCAGCAAUGGCCUCCGAAUGAACAGGUGGAGAGAGAGACGAGGGCAAUCAAAGACAAGACUAUGAAGAUACGAGGGAUCAAGGUGCGAUGUGACAUCACAGUCAGUAAUCGCUCUUGUUGUACCAUAAAUGGUCAACGUUACUGGCACAUCUCUAUAUACGAAACCAUAGAAGCACGUCUCACAGCAUUAAAAACUGCCCUUUUGGAUAUAGAAGCUACGAAUUUGUCUCGUGAUUCUAUUGAAUCAAUGUUAUCUGCCACUGGGGCGAUGAUAACAAAACUUCAAGGUUAUGAUGAAGAAACUAUACAAUUGCAACAACAAUUGUGUGAAAUUCCAAUCAAUACUACUUGUCAAAUAUUUACGAAUACUUUGGAAAGUAUUCAAUCGCACAUUAAUACGUUGUUGACUGAAACAAAGCAAAGUUAUGAGCUUUUAGAGCAAGCUUUAGAGAUUCAACGUCAACGAACUAAAGAAAUAAAGGACUAUCAAAAUUUUCUUGAAGAAACAGAUGUUUGGCUAAAGGAUAUCGUAGUUGGAAUAAAUGAGUCAAUAACUGUAGACCAGAAUUUGCAAGUGCAGUUGUUAGAUCGUACUCAACGAGUAUCCAAAUUGGAAUCACUACCAGAAGUUAAAGAGUUGGCAAAAGUAUUGAAGAAUGAACUGAUGGACUUGAUUAACCGUCUUCAGCAAAAGCAGCAGGAAUUGCUGGAUGAAGAAGCAAUGGCCGAUGACGAAAAUACAGAUCGUGAUGAUGCCACAAUCGAUCAGGCACCAUCGAUACACUCUACUAUUGAAAGCAAUCCACCAUCCUUAGCCGAUGUGUCCUUACAAACAGGACAAAGUUUAUUAUUAGAUAUUGUAGAAGAUAAACCAUUACAACUUACAAAACAAACUUCGACAACUCAGAUUCCCGUUAUAACAGCUACUCAAUCAUUAAUGACACAAACUAUGGAUACCCCGACUUUUCCAGAUCAGCAAAUAAAAGAAACAAUCAAGGUAGUAAAACUCUCUGAGGGUGAUCAUGAUGUUAUCGAAAUAGCAACAAAGAACGUAAGGACUGAUAUAAGUCAAAAUUUACUUCGAAGUGAACAAAGUAACGUCGUACCUGAUAAUAUAAUAGUUGAUAUGAAAUAUCAAGAUGGUCAAAAGGAGGAGAAUGCUAAAAGCGAAUUGAACAUUCAUCAUGCGACUCCUCAAUCUUUCGAAACUGUUCUCUUUGAACCAGACGACGUGACUACUGAAGUAGUUGUCGAUGCAGAUGGUACGAAGAGAAUUAUCGUUAGAAAGUUAAGGCAGACAGUUGUUUCCAACAGACAUACUCAACAACAUGCAUCGUCGAUCACGACAGCUCUUGGUGAGGAUGCGUCAAUGAUGCAAGCAUUUUCAGAAGCAACUCUAAGAGAUCAGUAUGUCACGGUUACUACAACGAAACCUGAUGGUACCGUAGAAACAUUAACGAAACAAAUUCAUGGUAGUAAAGUAACAACAGGUAUACCAGAUGCAGAAUAUUUCGAAGAGAAAUAUGAAUCAACACCACAGUACACCCACAGAAUAACUCAGGGAGCUAUCAGAGAUAUUAGUCCUUUACCUAUCGAAGAACAAAUAUUAGAACAUGGUCAAUAUCAAACGAAGACAUCCAGCGUUCACGCUGUAGUACAACAGGUGACUAGAAGAGUUAUCAAGAAAACGCGAAGGAUUAUACGAAAAGUUACCAUCAUAGAUGGUAAGGAAACUACAAGCGAGGAAAUAAUUGAAGAACCUGAAGAAAUAGAAAUAGAUGAGCAAGAUAUACCGCAUAUUAAUAUCAACGUUAUUAAAGAUGAAAGUGAACAAACAUUUGGAUUAGAAAAAAGGGUAAGUGACGAAAAGAAACAAGAACCAUCAUUGUUCUCAAGCUUCUCAGGAAACAUACAAAGUGAUACUUCUUAUGAACAGCGUUGUCCAGAUAGUCCUAUGCAAGGUCCGUUCUUUGGUCCAUUCGCAAAAGAUAUGUCAAGCAUACGUCGAUCAGAGGUAAAGAAAAAGUCUAUUAAAAGCACUACCAUUGAUGAUACGAAAGUUGAUGCCAAGAAAACACACGACGAAUUAAAAGAAGUAGAAAAAGUUGAAGUUAAAGAUUCGAGGGACAAUACAAAUGAACAAAAGCUUGUCACAAAAGAGCAACCUAUUACUCUAGUUCAAGAACAAGAUAUUCUUACUUGCACUGUCACUGAUAUUCCAUCUGAAUCUGUCUUUGAUAUUCAUAGCACAGAAGAUGUUGUUACAAAGGUAAAUAAUACAGGACAAACAUUUCUAAAGGAACAAGUAGUGUCCUAUCUAGAAGAUUCUAUUAUUUUACAGACACCAGAUGAGGAUAUUCCUGCUGCUAUACAAUCGUCAUUAUCAUCGGAGGAUCCAGUAAAGACCGACAACGCAUCAGUUACAACUAAAGCUACUUGUAAGUCUGACGAUGCACCAGUAAGCUACAAAACACCCGAUACUUUGUUAGAAAGCGGCACGGUAGAAGUAGCAAAGCACAAUGAUGGUAGCAAUAUUCUAGAUGCUGACAAAAAAAUUAGUAGAUCGAGUAUUUGUAUGUUAGAGGAUCACGAUACACAGAAAAUCCAAGAAGAGGCAUUACCCACAAUGAAGAGCAAACUGGAAGAUAAUAAUGUCGAAUUACAAAGACAAUUAUCAGAUAUUCAAUUUGAUGUUAAAACUGAAGAGGUUACAUCAUCAGGAACAAUUCAAAUAACACAAACUACAGACAAUAAUAUUAUGCAUAAAGAUGUUCCAAAAUUACAAGACAAAAAACAGCAAGUAGAAACAUUUUUAACAAAAGAAAGAAAAGAUAUAUAUAAAGAUAACAUCUCAUUAUCGGAACAGAAAUCGUUUGUUGGAAAAGUCGAAAUAUCUUUGUCUAUUCAAAAACACGAUGAAAAACCGGAGUCCAUGGUAUACAUAAAAACCCAAUCAGAACGUUCAAAUGAACGACCAUAUCACACUGUCUUAGAAGACGUUAAGAUUAGUCUUCCAGCGGAUCAAGAAGCUUCCGAAAUAAUUCAUAACAAAACUGUGCAAACAAGCCCUGUAAAUAUCGUUCAAAAAGGCACUGUAACAACUCAGACAUCAAUACCUUUAAGUACUGAAACGAGCCAACAAGAAUCGGUGAAUGAUAAAUUAAAUUUACAAAAUAAUCAAAAAGCGGAACUACAACAACCACAACAAGAGGAAUUAAUACAAGAGGAACUACAACAACUACAACAAGAGAAAUUAAUACAAGAGGAACUACAACAAAUACAACAAGAGGAACUACAACAAUUACAACAAGAGGAACUACAACAAAAAGAACUACAACAAUUACAACAAGAGGAACUACAACAAAAAGAACUACAACAAUUACAACAAGAGGAACUACAACAACUACAACAAGAUGCAGGAACUGUUAGUCCAAUUUCCACAACUAUUGCUGAGUCAGUAGAGAUCAGUGUGCUAUUAUCCGAAUCUCCAGAACAUAUCAGCGAACAACCUCAAACAGAUAUAGUAGAAAUUACCGAUUCAUUAGGACUAAGCUCACAUACUAGAAACGAUAGUUUUGGAUAUGAUCAUGGAUAUGAACCAGAUGACAGAACAACAGUUGAAGAACCUUCUUCUACUCAAGGUGAUGAUGAUAUAGGGAGAAAGAAGAAAAAGAAAAAAAGAAAGAAACAAAAAAUUCGUGAAAUAAUAGAAGAUUCUUCUGGAGUACCUAAAAGUUCUUCGGAUGAAGCAGAUUCAGCAAGUAAGGCAACAAUAUCAGAUAAAAAAGACAAUAUCGUAGAAACGGAAGAAAUUGAAAUUGUCGAAAUAAAGCCUGUCAUUGAAGAACCAGAGAUCAAUGUAAACAAAGUUCCUAUCGACACACAAAGUGUUGUCAUAGAAACCUGUAAUGUAUCAAUUUCUCCGGAUCAAAAUAAGGAAUUAGUUUCUAUAAGAUCAGUAGCUGACACUGUAGAGCAAGAAAUAAGAACAUUUAAAGUAAAAGAAACAGAUAGUCAUAUGCAAAUUUCGCCACAAGUUAUAUUUGAAAGUGCUAUGCAAACGGUUCAGAAAGAAAUACCUGAAAUAAAAGAAUCCAGUAUACAAACGAUAACACCUACGAGAACACUAACGAUAGAAAAUGCGAUUCAGACCAGUCCUAUCGAAAAUGUUCCAUUAUCACCUAUUGUGCUCGAAACUAAAGAUUCACAUGUACAAACAGUCAUUGAAAUGGAUUCAACAGAAAUACAAACUUCACCGAUAGAAUGCGUUCCUUCGAUAGAUACAGAAACUCAAACAUUACCGAAAGUGUCAAUUGACGUUGAACAACAAACCUCAGCUCCUGCAGCUAUAAAACAAACAUCUCCUUAUGUGUCAGAGACAGUUGAAGUAAACAUACAAACAAGUAAACCACCUAGUCCUGAGAAACCAGAAAUGUUAGAUUUCAAUAUUCAAGCUGAACUAUUGGAGAAAGCAAUAUUUGAAACUGCAGAAACACAAACAAUAUCAAAUGAACCUGUACAACAAAUGGGAACUCAAGAAACAGAGACGCAAACAAAAUCUUUGAAUUCCAUGGUUUCUAGUGAACUUCAUUCAUUAGAAACGACGGAAACUCAGACAACUCCUGAAGAAAGUCUAAAAAAGAUCGAAACAGAAGAAAGGGAAAUACAAGUAAAAUCGUUCCAACUAUUUCCAUUUGAUAGCAUAGAGACACAAACGACGCCAGCACAGAGUCCUCGUAAAGUAGAGAUUAUGGAAAAAGAAGUACAAGUACAAUUAAUAAAUAAUAUUCCUCCUAAAACAAUGGAAACACAAACGACGCCUAAGGAAAGUCCACGAAAAAUAGAAAUCUUGGAAAGAGAAAUUCAGGCAAAAUCACCGCCACCAAUUACUAAUAUUAUGAUUCAAACAAAUCCGGUGAUUAGUCUACAACCACAAGAAAGUUACGAUCUUGAAACACAAAUUAUUCAGAAAUCAAUGAAAUAUGGUACGGAAGAAAAAAUACAAACUAGCUCACCUAUACUCGUAGAAACCAUUAGUGGUUCUGUACAAGUGGAAUCUAAAGAAUUGAUGCCUCUUUUUGAUAAAACUUCACAAAUAUCUUCCGAAAGCUGUGAGAAAAGUUUACAAGUCUCACUUAAAUUACAAGAAGAAUGUGAUGAGUCAACGUCAGUACAUAAUAUCACUGAAGAUCAACUUCUAAAAACAAUAACAUCGGUUAUACCAUCCGAUGAUAUAAAACCGCAAUUAAGUUCAACUCAGUCAACAGUUGUAGAAGCUACAGAAGCAUUAUUAAAAUCAGAAAUCAGCGAUGUUUUGGUGCAGUCAGAAAAGAGUUCAACACCAGAUACUUCAUUCGAAGUACACAUCAAAACAACGAUAGAAUUACCUAAUAGCGAAAUAUGUAGCGAAGCUAUAAUGAAUUCAGAAUCAUCGACAGAUAUCUCGCAAGAUGUCUCACUCACUCCGAAUACAAAUGAUAAUAAUAAUGAUAAUAAUGAAGCUAAAUUAGAAAAAAGGCAAAGAAGAAAGAGAAAACAUAAGACUAUGGAAAUUCAAUUAUUAACUAAAGAAACGAAUAAUUUAGACUCUAUAUUUGGACAACCAGCACAAUCACAAAAUUCAUCUUUGAAAUUAUCUUAUUCUGAUAUAACUAAGAAAAAUUCAAAUAAGCAACCAUUCAUAGUAAAUGUUGAUGAACCAAUGACUGUUCAAAGUUUUGAAGAAAAUGAUAACCAUGCAUCUUCUGCUGCUUUAGAUAUUGACGAUGGACUUAAGAAAGAAGUUCAAGAAAUGAAUUUACAAGACGAAACAAUACCGAUGUCUUUGGAUACGAGUAUUAUGUCUAUCUCACAAUCAUCGGUUUUUGUUGAUUUAUCCAACCCGUCAAAAUCAGAUAAACCAUUCGAAACUUCGUUAACAAAUGAAGGUCAACGAUUCGAAACUCUGUUCGUAUCUAUUCCCAGUGAACCAAUGGAUACAACUAUAUCACCAGAUGAGUCACCAUCAUCAAAUCAAAUUGAAAAGCCAGUAAAAACACAAGUGAAGACUUACGCGGAAGCUAUUUCACAAUUAUUAAAACCUUCGUCGACGCCUGGUAUAGUCGAAUACGAAAAAGAAUAUGAUACAUUGGGAUGGGAAAAUCGAUUACUUGUUCCUCACUCAACAAAUUCGCAUAAAACAACUAAUCAUGUUGAGUUUUCAUUAAGAGAAGCAAUGGAAGGAAGAAUUCCUCAACACCAGCCUACCCAAAAGAUCGAAACUACACGAAUAAUUUCGGAUAGAGUGAAGAAUCUUCAUAAUGCAGCAGAAACGGAUCAUUUGGGCAAUGUUUUGCACAUUGCUCGUCUAAGCGAAAUUAUGAUAGAUAAAUCGGUAGAAGAACGUUCGUUAGAUGUACGGAAGGAAUUAACACAACUCAGAAACGCUGUAGAAGAAAACGAUAUAGUAAUCGUCGAGGAAACUCUUCUCACGGUUAUUGAAACUAUAUCUACAUGGUUAGAAACGAUCGAAUAUAGAAUUUUCCUAAAUAGAGAGUGUCCAAGUGAACUGUCUCACAACGAUGCGAAAACUUUUAUCGAGCUGAAAGAAGAAGUAGAUCAUGUAGAAGAGAACAUCCGAGAACUCAAUGACAUUUGGAAACACGUUGAAGGCAAUUAUCCUAUCGAAGAACGUGUCUUAUUGAGAGAAUGCUUUGACGCGCUCGAACAACACAUGAAAGCCGUCGAACACGUGACAAAUACCAGCGAGAAAUGUACUAGUAAUCAUCUUGCCAAAUGGGAUGAAUUAUUGAAUGGUGUAAAUAAUAUGUACAGGUUAGUAGAAGAACAACGUAAGCAAUUGGAUAAUAUAAUCGAAUAUGAAGCUUCGACAAGAUGGAAACUUCAAGAACUUGAUAAAAUGGAGAACAUGAAUCGUUGUCACAUGUGGAAGACUAGGAAACUUCUUGCUACUUCGCACGAAUUACUCCGAGAUUAUCCUGGGAAGAUUAUUCCAGAGGAGACUUACUUAGCUCACGAAAUUACUAAAAUCAUCGAGAACAGUAUAAGCAUAGAAAGAGAUCGACUUCUUCAAUUGCUCGCUUUAGCCGAAGAAUACGAACAAACAUUACAGGAAUUUUCACAAAUUAUUGAAAUUGCUGAGAAUUUGCUACAGAGCCCAAUAUCUGUGAUGAAUUUGGAACAUCUUCAAGAAGAAAUGCAAAAACAUAGGAAAUUCUUUGUUAAUUUGAAUCAUUGCCGUGCAAUUUUAGAAUCAUUGGAAGGCAAUCUGGAUCCAGAAACUAGAGCCAAACAUUCUAAUUUGCACGUAGAAUUACAUAGUCGUGCAUCUUCGUUGCUUGAUCAAGCUGCCUCUCGAGCACAACAAAUGGCAUUGGCAGCUACACGUUGGAUUCUUUUAGAGCAAGGUGUAAAAGAGGAAAAAGGGUGGCUUCAGGUAGCUCAUCAACGUGUUCCUGAUCUCCAGACGGUCACAUCUUCCGACUAUGAUCAAUAUAUUUCUCUGUAUCAGUCUUUAUCUUCUGACGUUGCCACACAUCACGCCCGUAUCAUUCAACUAUUGGACGUUGCAAAUCGUCUAGAAGAAUUGGUGACUAUUGAAAAUUCUGAAGAUCGUUAUAACGGAGUCUUAGAUGUGAUCGUUAAACUUCAGGAUAGUAUAGAAUCCUCUUUAAGACGAUUGUUAUCAUUCCGAGAAAAUUGGAGUACUCAACAAACAUUAAUCAACCGUAUUGAGAAUUGGAUAAUAACAGCUGAAAAAGAACUAGUUCCUUUGAGUGAUACAUCAAGUGGAAACAUGCGUCGUUUUUGGGAAUUGAAAGCUCAAUAUGAAAUACACAACAACAUGCGCAACGAAGCAGAUAAGUGCUUUGAUCAAGCCUUAAAGAUCAUUCCACUUUCGGACGAGAUGUUUCAAAGACAAUUUCACGGUGAAUUACAAUAUCGAUGGAAAGACGUGACGGAGAAAAUCAAUGAGAUUCAAUCGGAGAUUACGCGUAACAUUUCCUCCGAAGAUAUCUCCUCAAAGGACAGAUUGAAAAUAUUGGAAAGAGAAUUAAACGAGUUGAGAAUGUGUCUCGAUGAUUUACACGGAGUAUUGAAGACAGAGGAAGAGCUUGAUCUUUACAUAGAAAGACUCACCGUUUUGUUCGACAGAGUUUCAUUGAUUCAAGAUAAACUAAGUCGCUUGGGUCUCUUAUCAGCGGCAGAAAGUGAAACCGUUGGAAUUCUCUUAUCAUCAGCUCAUCGUAUAGAAAGUCAGAUAAGUGAGGAACUGGAUUCAGCUCAAUUACUUCGAGAAAAACUUCAAGCAUUAAAACGUGGCCUUGGACACGUUAGGAAAGCUCAUCAGAGGCAUUUCUUGACUUUGGAUCAAUGCGAAAAAAGCGAAAAGCAAGGAAGCAACGUUGUCUCAGCUGCUAUAGAUCGUUGCGAGUCGGUUUCGGACGAGCUAAUAGUUCUUUGGCACGAUCUUAUGGGUCUUCGGCAUUUGUUACAUAAGUUGCCAUCCGGUAUGAGAGUCAGUGUGUCACCUGUAAGCAUCGAACGCGAUAUCUCCGCUCUUCAGGAUGCCCACACUGAAUUAGAAUGUAGAUGUUCACGUUUACUAUCCACACUACGAAAUAGACUCGCAUUGUGGAAUCAUUUUGAAAAACACUUGGAAAUGGUACAGCAAUCCGUUCAAGAAGCUGAUUAUAUGAUGGAGCUCUUAACCGUUCAAGGUUCGGUGGAUUACGAUAGAUUACUUAAGGCUACCGAGCGACUCGAGGGAUUAAACGGUGAUUUCGGUGCACGCGAGGUGCUUAUUAGCGAGCUUCAUGCCGCUGCCGAACCUCUGCGGGAGAGUUGCGCUGCAGAGGUCCGUGAGAGGGUCGAAGCAGCGGUAAAUGAAGCUGUACGAGCUUGGGAGGACACGAAAGCCGAAUUGAAUGCCCUUUGUACAAAAUAUCAACACGCUUGCAACUUAUGGCAACAAUAUAGAGAUUCGAGCGCAGUAGUAAAAGCCUGGAUGGACACUCAAAUGGGUAGUGUAGCUAAUUUACCUCCGGAGGAGGCUAUCAAGCAAGUCAAGGUUUGCGAAGAAACCCUGGCAGAACACAAGGAAAGGCUGGCGGAAUUACGCGGUUUGGUAGCCCAGAUCGCAUCAGACGUCGGUUUAGACGCUGGCGGUCCGUUACACUGCGAGGUCGAAGCACUUGGUCGUCGACUCGAGGAUGUCCGUGAAACUUUGUCAACCCUCGCCGACACUGCCGACGUACGUGUCCUUAACCAAGAACUUACGCAUGUAGAUCUUUGUCAGACGAAGAAUUUCCUCGAUACAGUACAACAGAGUUUGACGACAGUCGGCCAAGAAGAAUCCAAUGAGCACUUAAAGCUACUCCGUAAUCAUCUGCUUGCGCUAACAAGAACGGAGCCACAGCUCCAAUCUAUCAAAGAUAGGACUGUAACAAUGUCAACUCAAGAACCAUCAGUCGUCGAAAUCCUUCAGCAAUGGCAACGAGUAUUCAAAGAAACCUUCCAACAUUAUCACCGUCUUUCUAUCCGUUUGUUCAAGUCACAAGACGUAAUCGCGGUUCUGAAGUUGUGGCAAGAACAUUUAACUUAUGUGCAAGAGUUCUUAUCUAACCGCGUACCCGGUGAUUACAAUGGUUUGUCGGAGCAUAGAAAUCUUUGCGAGGUUUAUAGAAACCUUCUUACCGACCAACAAAAUCACCUGUUAACUGUUCAUGGAAAAGAAGGUAAAGAUCUCAACGUUACCGAACAGUUCAAUGCUCUAACAAAUCUUCACAAUGAAACAUUAGCAAAAAUCAUGGAAAGACACACCGCUGUACACGAUCGACUCUUAGCAUGGGACAAUUACAGACGUGAUCAAAAUGAUCUCUUCGCCUGGUUAAAAGACAUUGAGAGAGAACGCAGUCGAUUGCAAUUACGCUUCAUACACGUUCAUAGAUUGGAUAAGAUUCUCCAAAGAAUUCAAGCUCUGCUCGAAAAAGUUCCAUCGGGUGAAGCCCAAAUAGAGUCGCUUCAAAAACAACAAAUUCCUUUGCUUGUUGAUUGCGACGAGACUUUGGCCGUUUCAGUGCGCAUGGAACAUGCAGCAAACGUUGAACGUAUCGCCAAUUUACGUGCCGGUUUAGAGACUUGGAGAGAUUUCGUUGAGAGAGUACGAAAACUUCAUGAACAGCAUAUGGCACAGACCGACAGGAUCACGAACACACUACAAGAUAUCGGUCAAAUACUUAAUUCUGUCCUUCACUCGAUACCUGGUAAAUUGUCACAAACCAAAGAAAAUUUGCUUUUCCUUCAAGAAUUGAAAACUCGUCUAGUCGAUACUAGUAACGAAUUGGAAUCUUUAAACGUACUUACUAAAAAGCUACGAGAAUGUCUUAGUCCUUCUGACAUGAAAUCAUUGAAUCAACACGUUGCACUUUUGUGGCAACAACAAGGAGACCUUGAUCAUCAGUUAGCUUUAGUCGAAUACAAGCUUGGCGAACGUUGUGGUCUACACAAUCGUUGGAUCGACAGACAAAGCAGAUUGUUGACCUGGAUUGAAGAUGCGGAAAUCAGAGUGAAAAAUUGGGAUAUGAUCCCUCUUGGUGAACCCGAAAAAGUACUAAAACGAUUCGAGUAUGAAUUACAGGCAGAAAUAGCUUUAAAACAGCGCGAAUUCGAGUGGGUGCAAAAAACUGGUCAAGAAUUAAUCGAUGCGACCGAUGAUACUGAGAAAGCUAAAGUGCAAAAUGGAUUGGACGAAGUGAACGAAAAAUGGUGUAGAUUGCUUACGAGUGGAAAAGUUCGAGCGAAUAAAUUACACGAUCUAAUACAAUCAAUAAGCACUCUCGAAAAAAAAUUAAUAGAGCAAAGAAGUUGGAUGACCGGUAUCGAAACGCAACUUUCUGAAAAUUUCAUCAUCGAAACUGUGAGCCAAAGCUGUAUUGAUAAGAAAUUAGAGGACCAUGAAUACAUUCAAAAAGCAAUUCAAACGGAAGGUGCCAAAAUCGGAGAAGUAUUGAAUCUUUGUGAAAUAUUACUACACGAUUCCGACAUAUGGAAAACAUCUCUGAAUACCGACACGAUAAAGAACGGUAUGGAAGGUCUUCAACGUCGAUGGAAAACCACAUGUGUUAGAUCGGCUGAACGUAAGCAAGAAAUCAUUUUGGCCUGGAAGUUACUUCGUGAGAUGAAUAAUAUUAGAACAGAACACGAAGGCUGGAUCACUCAAACGGAAAGUGCACUUACGAAUUUUGAGAAAGAAAUGAAUGAAAUUACUAAAAAGGAUACGAAGGAAAUGCUUGAAAGAUUGAAAGUGAUAAUGAAAGAUAUUGAAGCACAUGAACCAGCUUUGAAGAUUCUUGAACAAAAUUUUGGACGACUUGCAAAAGCCAGAUUGGAACCUGAAAAUUUAAAAGCGCUUACAGCUGAAAGUCGUAAAACUAUAGACCGAUGGCUUCAAUUUAGUAGUAGAACAAAUUCCAUAAUCGCAGCGAUAGAACGCGAACAAAUAGAUUACCAUGAAUUUAGUUUAGCUCAUGGUGCCGCAUUAGUUAGUCUGACACAAAUUGAUAUUCGAUUGACUCAACUGCAACACUUGCUUACUCCUGAACAACGAACAUCACCACGUGGUAGGCUGCAACGGUUAUCUGAAAUCGAAAAAGAAUUGAACGCCCAAAACGUUCUACUGCAAAAAGCUGAUAAAUUAGCACUCGAAAUAAUGCAGGAGAGUCAUCCGGACGAUGUGACUAGUAUACAAGAACUCGUGGACGAAUAUCAGUCUUUAUGGAAAGAAAUUAAAACGCGAGUUACUACUUUAAGAACCGAAUUAGAAUCUCAGGAAAAAUCUGAAGUAGACGAAGCUAUUCAAGUUGAAACUUUGAAAUUUGAACAAGACACAGCUGUUCAAGUGAACACUUUGCCAAGAUUAAUUAGAAUGACAUCUUGCGACGCGUAUAUGUUGGAAUUGAAAACAGCUCUCACAGAAUGCCAUCAUUCUUUGGACGCAUUAGAAACAACUAUCGCACCAGAACCUGUAUCUGGACCAAGCCUGAAUACAACAACUAAAACUAUUGCAAAAUUGAUUGGAUGUUGUCAAUCAUCUAUAGAAUUAGUGCGUCAUCUCCAUACUUUACUCAUGGAAGAUACAAAAUUCAAUGUAGAAACAACAAUAAGUGAGGAAGUGCAAACUGUGAUAUCUCGAUACGAAGCUCUUCUUUUACUCGCUAGAACACGUGAACAACAAAUAAGGGAACUCAGGUCUCCCAUUACAGACGCUUAUUCAUUUCCAUGUAAUCACGAUAGUGAUAGGCUAACGUGUCCUCUUUGCUCUCGACGUAACUGGACUCAGUUGGAUAAUGAUCUCUGGCGUCUAGAAAAAUGGUUAGAAUUUGCUGAAGGUACUCAAAGUGAACAAAACUCGCCACCAAGUAAUAUCGAGGACCUGGAAUAUGUUAUUCAAGAACAUAGAGAAUUUCUUCAGCACCUUGACAGUCACAAAAGCAUUGUCGUUAGUUUGAACAUUGUAGGUGUUCAUUUAGCUGAACAUACAGAAGACACUAGCCGCGCAAUAGAAUUACGUGAUCGAUUAACUGAUGCAAAUACAAGAUGGGACAAAGUAUGUCUGUCAGCUGAAAAAUGGCAAGAACAAUUGCGGCGUGCACUUAUUUCGAAUCAUCAAUUCCAUCGUAUCAUCGAAGAGUUGUUCAGUUGGCUCGAAAAGACAGAAAUUGUAAUUAGGACAAGUGAACCAAUCGAUCUCUCCGAAGCUACCGAUAUUCUGGAAACAAAAUAUAACAAAUUCAGGGAAUUACGAAGUGACCUUGAGCGCUGUGAACCGCGUGUUUUAUCUCUCCAAGAAUCUGCCAAUCAACUACUAAAUGAACAGGGAGGAGUGAGAGCUCGACUACAAGAACUUCGAUUAAAACUACAAUCGUUACGUCGACUGACAGGCAUCUACUCAUUGAAAUUAGGAGCAGCUUUAGGAUUGGAUCCACGUGAUAUUGGACUCGUUGCUACAUCCUCCUCAUUAGCCGCUCUUUCUCGCGAUCUACUCGAUGAAGCUGCCUCUGGGUCCUCUCAGCCACACACAACAGCUGCCACAGAUGGUGAUGAAAGACAUCAAAUAGUACCAAGACAAGGAUAUAGUUUUCUAGGAAGAGUUUUGCGUGUUUCUCUUCCAAUACAAGCAUUAAUGCUGUUGCUACUUGGUGUAACUUCAUUGAUACCGUCAACAGAAGAAGAUUACAAUUGCAUGCUCUCUAACAAUCUUGCUCGAAGUUUCACUCUAAUGGUCUAUCAUCCAAAUGGACCGCCGCCUUUGUAACAAAAACAGAAUGUCUUCACUUUAUUUAUGUCUAUUGGUAAAAACUACUGCAUUGAUAAAAAGCAUUGAAUAUAAGAUUUAACGACUGUAACACGCGAAAUGCUUAAAUAUAAAUGAAUAUACAACAUAUAUAUAUAUAUAUAUAUAUAUAUAUAUAUAUAUAUAUAUAUAUAUAUAUAUAUAUAUAUAUAUACAUGAAAGUGUAUACAUAACGUUUUCAAAUA